AUGGCGGACUUUACCAUGGCUCACUCCAACGUUCAGAAGUACUCCCCUGGGGUGCUGGUGGGCAACUGGUUCGAGGACAUCGCCAUGCGCGAAGAUCAACUGAAGCUGUACAAGGCGCAACGGCACGCCGCAGCGGAGCACCCCGAGAAGACGGCAACAAACGCAGUAGCGCGUUCGAUGCUCGCGAGUCAGCUAGCAGAGCCGACCACCGUUGUCGCAGUCAAGGGAGAUGAUGUACGCAUAGGGCAGCCGUAUUGGGUGAUAAACCAGAAAACACAAGCUGCUCUGGCGUUAGACCUGGGGACUGGUGGGGGGGCUUCCUCCCAGUCGCAGCAGUACGCUCUUUCGGGGUCCUCGGCCUCUGGCCCGCAGGUGCGCUCCACCUGGACUCUGCUACGGUGCAAAGACGAGCACAACCACAGCUACAACCGCAGCAACCCAAGUGUAUUGCACUAUGGCCAGCGAAUUCGCCUUGCGAACGAAAACGCAAGCGCAGAGGGAUUCCUGUACGUGCAGUCCUCCCGAUCAUCCGGCCUUCGCUCGUCAGAGGUGCAGUACGCCGUGGCCGCUCUCAACGCCUGCGCAGAUAACGUGUUUGUAGUGAGCUGCGCCGGCACGGUGCGCGACGAUGUGCACUUUGGUUCCCCUGUGAAGGUUGGCGAUGGCGUGGUGCUGCUGCACUCCCUCACAAAUCUGCCUCUCGCCUGCAACGGUGAGCACGUGGGCACGUCGUACGGCAUGGAAUAUGCCGUCACAUGUGGAUACACCACCGACUACUACUCUCGCUCUCGGGGUGCCGUCGUGGUGAAGCCGGAGAACGUCUUCUACUUCUCUGGUGGGGGCGACGCCGAUCCAGCGCUAAUGAAGCCAAGAACGACCUCAAAGCCCAGUAGUAGGUCAACGACCAUACUCACAAUGACAACAGAUAGCGGGGUGGCGGCGUUGGUGGAGCGCAUUCGCCAGGGUGCCCUUGUGAUUGGUGGGCGCAUUGGCUUCCGCUCCCUGUCCAUCGCCCUCGGUGUGGCAUGCAACGAGCAGCGGCAACGUCGCUUCCUUGACCGCAACGCGCUUCGCAGGGCGAUUGCCGGACUUGGUGUCUGGCUGAGUCCCAUGGAAACGGACGUACUCAUGAAGCGCUUCGAUACAGCUGGUGACAACGUUGUGUGCGCGCAGGAUAUUCUGGCCGAGUUGCGUGGCACGAUGCCGCUGGUCCGCAUGCAGGCAGUCAUCUAUGCGUACCAGCAGCUGAGCAUUGAGGGACGGGGAUCUGUUGAGUUCAAGGACAUGCACAGCCUUUUCUGCCUCAACGCCGCCACAAUCCCGGAUGUAGUUGACGGCGUCAUUCAACGCGCGGAGGCCGUACGCGACUUUGAGAGUUGCUGGCCAGGACGUGUGGGAUGCAAAAUCGGCACCGUCACUCUUGACGAGUUUGCCGAAUACUACGCGGAUGUUUCGCCCGCGGAGAAAUCUGAUGAGCGCUUCUGCAAACUACUGCUGCAGUCGUGGGCUAUUCCCGCCACCUCUGCCUAUCUGUCGGGUGUGCCGCACCGCCUCCUCACUGUGAUGUACGACGACAAGCCAACCGAGACGGUUCGGCUUCCAGACUCGCUGGUGCUGGACACGCACAACCGAGAGGCUGUGAGACGCCUGCUGAUCCAAUGCGGUCUACGAGGCGUGAAAGACUUCGCUGUGUCCACCGACAUGUAA